AAACAGGAUGGGUUUCCUCUGGGCUCUCUUAGCCAUUGUAGCAGAACUUGGAGCUUUGUUUGGACUCAUCCUCCUGGCAUGGACAACCCUGUACUAUCUUUCCACCGCAGAAUUCCCUCAUGACAUUUGUGACCCUCACAGGCUGAAAUGUGUAUAUUUUGGAUCGAUUAUGCUGUUUUCAAUGGACUAUAUUUUGUGGAAAAUAGGUCUCUGCAAUCAGUACAGCUUUGUGAAAUUCAUGGAGAAUGCACCCCCCUCUUUCAAAGAUCCAAACCUUUCCAUCAAGCAUCUACAUGUUGAGGGUAUCCCCGUGAGAUUAUAUCAGUCCAAAGCACCGCAAAAUGCACAGAGGGGGGUUCUUUUCCUGCACGGAGGAGCUGGCACCUUGGGAAGCCUUGAUUUCUAUGAAAGAAUGUGCCGGUACAUUUCCAAAAAGAGCGACUCAGUGGUUUUGUCAGUGGGGUAUUCUCUCGUUCCUGAGCAGCCCUACCCAGUGCAAUUCCAACAGUGUUUGGAUGUUACCAUACAUUUUAUGAAACAUGCAGAAGACUAUGGGGCGGAUCCUGACCGCAUCAUUAUUUCCGGAGACAGCUUUGGGGGUUUACUUGCAGCUUCCAUUUGCCAAAUAAUUGCACUUAGAGAUGAUGUUCCCAAGCUGCAUUCUCAGGUGUUGAUCUAUCCUUCUCUUCAGGCUGUGAAAUUUAAUUUGCCCUCAUUUAGGCAAAAUGCCCAUGUGCCUCUUUUGAUUCAGAGGCAGUUUGUGACAUUUGCAUUAAAAUAUAUCCAGAAAAAUGUAACACUACUGGAUGCUGUUUUGGGAGGAACCCACGUCCCCAAAGACAUAAAAAUCAAAUAUAGUAAAUGGUUAGACACAGAAAAUAUCCCUGAAGAAUUCAAAGUAAGAGAAAUCCAAGCUUCAGGACCCAGACACAGUUUUGGUGAUCUAGCAGAGCUUAUAGACCAGUUGUGUGGGCCACUGCUUUCUCCACUAUUAGUUGAAGAUGCCAUCAUUCGACAGCUUCCACAGACUUUCAUUUUGACCAAUCAGUAUGAUGUUCUGAGAGAUGAUGGAAUCUUGUACAGAAGACGAUUAGAGGACAAUGGUGUCCCAGUAUUAUGGCACCACAUUGAAGAUGGAUUCCAUGGAAAUCUCAAUUUAUUUAAUUAUUGGUUGUUAGAGUUUUCAUGCUGCAAAGGAGGGAUGGACAGUAUUGUUAACUACAUCAGAAGUUUAUAAAAUAUUAGUUGAUGCAAGAAAACAUAUACAUGGUAAUAUUUUGGCCAACAAGGGUGAAAUAUUUAA